UCAAACAUCUAAUAGAUAUCGAUUUAUUAUUGUUUACAUGGGAAACGAGUUUUGAUACGUGUUCUUUAUUUAUUUGAUCGGACAAAUCCACAGGCUCAGUACAGUAGUACUACAGGAUCCCAUUACAGAUUAUUAAAAAUGAAUAUCUUAAAUGCUCUGUUGUUGUUUUCUAGCAUUAUUUUAACGAUAUCAGGGAAUAAGAAAGAAGAGGAAUUGUCAAAAGAUGUAGUAUGUGCUGGGUGCGAAGCCGUAUCGAAAGAACUUUCCAAACGAUUAACCUACGAUUCUAAACAGAAUUUGGAGAAAAAAGUGCCAACAGUUUUACGCACAGUAUGCGAUGAGGAUAAUUUUAAAGAUACAGAAUUCAGCCCAUCCAAAGUUAGAGCCGCUUGUAAACAGCUUCUUAAAAAGCAGAAGUCAGAUAUAACAACAGGUUUAGUGGAACACUACAGUAAGAGGAAACAGUCAGGGUCUUACUUAGAUCUGUUACAGAAAAUCUGUAUCGAUGUUACUGGUGUUUGUGAACGUGACACAGAGACGGGAAAACCAGCGGAGGGUAGAGUUAUUUUCAAUGACGAAAAACAAGAGUUUGAGGUUAUAAUGGGUGAUAAUGUACGAAUGCCACAGCCAGUCAUCAAGGAAAAGGAUCAAAAAAAUUUACAUGACAACAUUGUAGUUGAUGGAAUACACUCAGAGUCGGUCAAACCAUUAAAACCAACUAUGGGAAGUCACGAUGAACUUUAAGAUUUGACAGUGAUGAAUUGAAAAAAUUUCAGAGUUCUAAUUUAUUUUAAACAAAGGCAUUUAAUCAAACAGACCAACGAUAAAGUGCAAUAAUAAUGCUAUUCUAAUGGAAAUAAUAAAUAUAAAAAUAACAACGGAUAUGAAUGGGUUUCUAGAGUGUUUAAUAGAUUUUUGUUGUCCCUUAAGUAAUUCCAGGGUAUAUAUUUACGAAAAAUAAUGUUCUUAUACGGACAAAAUGUCUCUGCUUUUCCUCAGACUUAAAUCAAAUAAUGUGCAUAUCAAUUUCUUAUAUCACUAUUGGACAUGUACUUGACCAUGAACAUUCUUUUGAAUUAUAGAAUGCAUUCAUUCAUACGUUGAAAUGUUUUGAAUUCACUAUGCAAUUUGAUGUGAUUAGACCUUUAUUUGUGAUUAGACCUUUAUUUGUGAUUCACUGUAUUUACAUUAAUGUACUAUAGUUUUUUGUUAAGUUUUGUAUUUUCUUACAUAUUGUACACUUGAGUUUUCUAUUUUCUAACUGCAUUUUUGUAAAAUAUUAACAUUUUUCUUACCUGUAUGUUUAUACAAUUUUUAUACUUUAUUAAAAAAAUAUAUCAAGUA